AUGCCGAUGGAGAAGUACGCCAACAACCAGCUCCCACCGCAGCUUCCGUCUGUCACAACCCUCAUUCCGAUGCCUCCACCCCAUGGCUACUUCACCAACAGAAGAGAUAUACCAUCCGAGCGAUUCAUUCCACGACUAUCCGAUCAAUUCUCGUUCACCGGCCCAAACGGACAUCACCGGUGCUUGGUCGGCGAGCCUGCUGGCGUUAGUAUUGCUAAGUCCAAGGAGGACUGCCCAAACUUCAUGUUUCCACCAGAUGCUGCUAGAUCACUUGCCGCCCAACUCCUUCUCGAGAUGUCAUAUUUACAUGCAAACGGCAUAUGUCACGGAGAACUGCAUUUGCGAAACUUCCUUAUACGCAUACCAAAUUUCGACGACCUAAGCACAGCAGAGCUAUACAAGCGCUUCCGCCAACCCUACAUGGUUCCUAUCCGGCGAGUGGACGAGAAGCCGGGGUCACCCCACGCACCGCCGCACGCCAUCUACCCAAUGGCCAUGCGCAUGCCCGCCAACGAGCAGGAUAACCCAGAGCUCAUCAUCUCAGACUACGGCACGUCCUUCAUGAUAUCACAGACAACCGCACCGACACUCCACACCCCAGCCCUCUACGCCCCACCAGAAGACUUCUUCAAUGAACCAAUCACCCAGCCCACCGCCGCGGAUAUCUGGACCCUAGGUGUCAGCCUGUACGAGGUCCUGGGCGAGCGCCCACUCUUCGAGACCUUCGCCUGGGACCGAGACGACAUCGUCGCCGAGAUGGUUAAUACGCUGGGCCAUCCGCCCUCGAGAGGGUGGAACGCCUGGGCCAAGCGCUCCGAAUUCUUCGAGGACGACGGAUCAUGGGUCGCUGAUUUCCGCCGCAUCAGCACGCCCGUCUUCCGGCGGCUGCGUCGGCGACUCUGGGAUAUGGGCCGCGGUGAGACGGAGCUGUUGUGCGAGUGGGACGUUGCGGCGGGUGAGUUUCGGGCGUUGGGGGAAUUGCUCCAGGCUAUGUUGGCCUUUGAACCUGCUGAACGGCCCUCGGCGGAUCAACUCCUGCGGUCGGAGUAUAUGGUUAAGUGGGCGUUAACCCGCGUGGCAGAGGCAGAAAAGGCGGACAGCGCUCACCACCCCGACAAAUGGGGAGCGUUAGGCUGUCGGCGGCCCUGUAGAACUUCUUGAAGCCAGGCCAUGAGAGAACGAACCAUGGGUGGUUAGGAUUGCACGAGG